UGAGGAUAUCUAUUCGCCGCACGGAAUACCAUUGGAUCUGUUGGACAGACUGAUGAUCAUUAAGACGAUACCGUAUAAUACGCAGGAAAUGCUUCAGAUUUUGAGAAUCAGAGCCCAAACGGAAGGCAUUUACAUCGACGACGAGGCACUGGUGCACCUGUCGGAGAUCGGCUCCAAGACUACGCUCAGGUAUGCGGUGCAGCUGCUGAGCCCAGCCAUGCAGUUGGCGCGCGUCAACCAGUGCUCGACCAUCGAUCUGAAGGUUCUUCGCGAAGUGAAUGAACUGUUUUUCGACGCCAAACAGUCGGCGAGAGUAUUGGCCGAACAUAACUCCAAAUAUAUGAAAUAAAAACAUGCAUUCAUUUCAACAAAUCAAUUAUUGUAAUACCCAUUCAAACACUGUAUGUUUACCACAA